GAUCUCUCUCUGUCUCUUUCUCUCUCUAAGAUUCAGAGUGGCUUUGCCGCGUUAUACAAGACAGAGGGUGUCAGAGCAUUUACCCGCCCCACCUAUCCUUUAUAACAAAGCAUAUCUCUCUCUCUCUUCCCCUUGCCGUCUUCCCCCAACUUGCAACCUGCAAUUCCCAUUUUUUUCUUUCUCUCUCUAAUGUCAUGGAUUUAAAGCAAGAGAAUCGAAGUCCGUAGCCAAGGGCUUAGCAGAUGCAGCAACCCAACACUCAUUUGGCGAACGCGCCAUGCUCUGAGCUCGCACCAGAAGAAUGCCUCGACACCAUACAAAACCUCAUUUCGAUACUCAUCCUCGCCUGCCUCCCCCUGAAAGUGUUUGUGGGGCGAUGGCAGACCAUCCGCACUCGCCUCGACCACCUUCAAAACCUCGCUUCUCAGGUCUCCGACUGCCCUCACUGGCACGAAAACGCCUUGCUCGCCGAUCUGCUCCACAAAAUCCUUUCCACCCUGAAUCAAGUCUCGGAUUAUGUGAAGAGUUGCUCUGAGAUGGCGUACUCGGGCAAGCUUUUGAUGCAGAGUGAUCUCGACAUGGUUGCCGCGGCGCUUUCAGAGCAUUUGAGGGACUUGGAUGUGCUUCUGAGGAGUGGUGUCUUGCGACAGUCAAGUGCGAUUGUGCUGUCGAUGCCUGUAGCUGAAGCUGCGAACCAGGAUGUCGCCUUCUUUGUUCGUGACCUCUUUGCGAGGCUCAAAAUUGGCGGGCCCGACUUCAAGCGCAAGGCCCUCGAUUCGCUGAUCGAGCUUUUGGCUGAUGACUGUAAGCGAGGGACUGUGGUUGCGAAGGAGGGGGAUGUUCCAUAUUUGAUCAGGUUAUUGGAUUCAGACCAGGCUUGCAUAAGGGAACAGGCGGUGUCAGCUGUGGCGCUUUUGGCUGAAAAUGAGGCUGGUCGGCAGAGCUUGUUUGUGGAGGGCGGCCUCGGCGGCUUGGUGCGGGUCCUGGAAACAUGCAGCCAUGUUGCGAGAGAGAAGGCGGCAUCUGCCAUUGAAGCCCUCACAAGCGAUCCUGAGAAUGCGUGGGCUCUCUCUGCAUAUGGUGGGCUGAGUGCAUUGAUCGAGCUCUGCAGCUCGGGCUCGCUGGCUGCCCAGACCAAAGCAGCCGGCGCUCUUCUUAAUGCCGUGAAUUAUGUGGAAGACGUGCGCCUGAGUAUGGCUGAGGAAGGAGAGUCCACAGUGUCUCUGCUGGUUGGUUUGCUGGUUUCCGGGACGCCCUUGGCCCGACAACACGCAGCCGAGUGCUUAUAUAUUCUUAUCUCCUCCAUCUCUACUGUAAAUCUUCGUGAGAUGAUCGUGCGUGAUGGCGGUGGCGGGGUUCAAGCUCUGCUCCAGCUCUUGCAUGAAGCCCCAACCCCCCGGGCUCAGGAGGUCGCACUAAAUGCGAUUUCAGCUCUCUCUGCGCCUCCUAGUCCCACUGCCCGUGCUCUAGUCUGCUGCCAUGGGUUCCUAAAGCAACUCAGCGAGCUUCUCAAGGGCGCAGGAGGGGUCUGCGUGCAACACGCAGCGGCACUCACUGUUGUCAACUUAGCUGCUGUGAGCGACGAUGCGAGAUCCACAUUGCGCGAAGCCGGAUGCCUGACACCCUUGGUGAAGAUGCUGGAGGCCAAGGCCGAGGAGACACAAGAGGCAGCCACCGAGGCUCUGGUCGCACUCUUGGCCACACAGGGCAAUCGGAGGGACUUUGUGAAAGAUGAGAAGAGUCUGGGGAAGUUGGUGCAGUUGUUGGACCCUGGGUACCAAGGGGUGUGCAAGAGGUUCCCUCUGGCUGUGUUAACGGUGCUGAGCAAGAGCAAGAGUAGCAGGAGAAAGAUUGCAGCAGUAGGGGCUUGCCAGCAUUUACAGAGGCUGGUGGAGAUGGAAGUUGCAGGGGCCAAGAAGGUGAUGGUGAGAAUCACAGGUGGGAGGAUCAGGAACUUGUUAACUGGAGCAUGGAAGAAUUAUUGACUCAUUGAAAGGGUGCGGGGACGGUUCCAACUGAAAGAGAGGCCGAAGCACAUGGAGAGGGGCGUAUCGUUGAUGGCAAUGAAUAAGGGGUGUGUGGUGGCCCAUGGUCACAUGAGCCCUCAAUCUUCCCUCUCUCUCUCUAAAAGAAAAGGGAAAGCAAGCUUUCUGAGCAUAUGAGCUGAUGAAAGGCAUUGAAGAUGCUCUCCCUCAUUCUCUCUCUCACACAAGCUGUAAAGCUGGCUUGUCCAUCAUUGUGUGCACUUGCUCCUCCUUUUUCACUUUCCAACUUUACCUAUGGCCUUAUAUUGAUUAUAAUUAAUGUGUGGUAGAUACCCAUAAAUAAAAAAUAAACAAGGGUGAUGAAGGAGAAGCAUGCCGUGUAUUUUUUCAAUGACAUAAUCAAC